AGUACGGCGAAAACUUUCAUUGACCCUAUAAACCCCAAAUAAUAAUAAUAAUAAUAAUACUAGUAAGUGAAGAACAAGCUUUUGUUCAAAAACACCCGUGAGGGACAUUAUAGCACUGAUAUGUAAGUAUCAUACCUGGAUAUUCUGACAUCUGUUAAACAGGAGAGAAAAUAUAAAUAGAGAAAAUGCAAAACUAAAUGAAUGAGGUAAACUGUCUAUUUAAAUUAUAAAAGUUGCCAAACAAGCAGACAACCAAUUAAAAAGAUGGAGAAGUUCAGUAAAAUGGUAAAGCACUUGGUACAACGAAGGAUCUUUACUGCACGGCCACACUGUAGACUUCUAUUCAGCAAGACAGGAGUGUGGCCCCAGUGUGAGGAGGAAUUGCCAACUGAGAUCAAAAAGGAGGCAGAAGCUUAUUGGAAAGAAAAAAUUUAUUCACAAGGGUCAGUUAAAUGUGGUGAAGCUUGUGGUAAGAGAGAGAAGAAGUAUGUUCUUUCCAUGUUUCCUUAUCCGUCGGGGAAGUUGCACAUGGGUCAUGUCCGUGUUUAUACCACUAGUGAUGCAAUGGCCAGAUUCUACUGCCUCAGAGGACACGAGGUUAUUCAUCCUAUGGGUUGGGACGCUUUCGGUCUGCCAGCUGAAAAUGCAGCGAUUGAUUGCAAUGAGAUGCCCGAUCAAUGGACCUACAAGAAUAUUCAGCAGAUGAAAGAUCAAUUGCAAGAGCUGGGUUGUAAAUUUGACUGGGAUAGAGAGAUCGCUACAUGUGACCCAGAGUAUUACCGCUGGACUCAGGCUAUCUUCUUGCUUUUGUUCAGAGAAGGAUUAGUCUAUCAGGAAGAGGCAUUGGUGAACUGGGACCCUGUGGAUCAAACAGUGUUAGCAAAUGAGCAAGUGGAUAUAAAUGGAUGUUCCUGGAGGUCUGGUGCUCAAGUGGAGAAACGCUUUCUUAAACAGUGGUUUAUCAAGACAACAAGAUUUUCAAAAUCACUACUGGAUGGCUUGUCUGAUCCAGCAUUGGAAAACUGGAAUGAUAUCAUCAAGAUUCAGCGUCACUGGAUUGGAGAUUGUGUUGGGUACAGGGUAGAGAUGACAGUAGAGCAGAAGUGUGUGUGUAGUGGAACAGAUAUAUGGACACCAGUGAGCGGGAAACUGGCCUUGUGGAUGCCACAACCAGAACUUAUACAUGGAAUAAGCUUCAUUGGAGUCCAUUCUGGCCAUAAAUUUGAUUCCAGCUCUUACAGAGUGCUUAAACAUGACAGAUAUCAGCUACUGAAUAUUGUUGCUGUUUGCCCUAUCAGUCAAAGACAGGUUCCCAUUAUUGUUUGUGAUGACUUGCCAUACAGUGAAGAUGUAGAGUUCUAUGUUGGGAUACCUUGCAUUUCUAGUAUUGACCAGUCUCUUGCAAGAACAUGUGGUUUUGACACUCCAAAAAUUAUUGAAGAUGGUAAAUUGGUGAAUUCAGGUAACUUAAGUGACUUAACUCUGGAAUCAGCAAGACAAGAAGUCACUCAGCAGCUUAUGGACAUUGGCGCAGGGGGAUUCCAGACUAGUGUUAAACUGCGUGACUGGUUGAUAUCACGACAGAGGUACUGGGGGACUCCAAUCCCAUUCAUUCACUGUCCAGAGUGUGGGUUAGUGCCUGUGCCUGAGGAGCAGCUUCCAGUUGAACUGCCAAAGAUUUCAAGCUUCCCAAAAAGAGGUGCCUCACCACUCAAAGAGGCAGUUGACUGGUUGACCUGUAGCUGUCCAAGAUGUGGAGGUAAGGCUGAGCGUGAAACGGACACAAUGGAUACAUUUGUUGAUUCUUCGUGGUAUUUUCUUCGUUUCCUUGAUCCUAGCAACAGUGAAUCACCUUUUCGCCAUGACAUUCAAGAUAAAAUGAUGCCUGUUGACCUUUAUAUAGGGGGAAAGGAACAUGCUGACCUCCAUUUGUACUUCGCUCGUUUCUUGCAACAUUUUCUGGCCAGCAAAGGGAUUGCGAGUCACUCAGAGCCUUUCAAGAGAUUGAUUAUGAUGGGUAUGGUUAUGGGUCAGUCAUACAUGGUUAAAAACACCGGACAGUACAUCAGCAAAGAUCAAGUUGAUUUUUCAGUUGAUCCACCAGUGGCACUUGGAACAGGUGAACCCUUAGUUGUUACCUUCGAAAAAAUGAGCAAGAGCAAACUGAAUGGUAUUGACCCACAGGAAAUACUGCAGAAGUAUGGCACAGAUACCACCAGACUCCUGAUGUUAGGCAACUUUGCUCCAUCCUCACAAAGAAAUUGGUCUGAAGAUACGUUUCCUGGUAUCCUGAACUGGCAGAAACGUUUGUGGUUGACAGUUAUGGAUUUUAUAAACAUCCGAAAAAAUACACAAGAUAGUGAGAAAGUCUCUUUGAGCCUAGAAGGAACACAGGAGCACACACAGUUCCUCUGGAAGAGCCGCAACCGCUAUGUACGGAGCAUUACGUAUGUUUUUGAGUAUACACAUCAGUUGAGUGUUGCCAUCUCUUUCAUGCAAGGGCUAACUAGCAGUCUGAGGAAAGUACCAAACUGCCUGAUGUUAUCUGAGGAAUUUGAGAGAACAUUGGGAGCUCUGAUCAUUAUGUUGAGCCCCUUAGCUCCACACUUUGCCAGUGAGCUUUGGGCAGGAUUCUGUAGUGUUGCUAAUUCUUCACACAUUAAUAAGGACCUUGCCCUACUAGAGCAGCAGUGGCCUGAAGUUGAUCAAGAAUAUCCUCUUUCUCUUAAGUAUUCGGUGCUUGGGAAAGAGGCUCGUGAAGUGAAAGUACCAAGGAAGGUACUAGAUCACUUGACUCCUGAGGCAGCAUUAGAUCUGAUUUCUGCUGCUGAAGAUUUUCAAGAUUACUUGGGAGAAAGGUCCAUUAUUGCUACACAUCUGAAAGUACUACCAGGCCUAGAAGCAUCCGUAUUUUUCAAAUAUAAAGUGCAAGAUAUAUCUAAAGUAAAGGAGGCCCUAAAAAAGAUGAAUGCAGAGAAAAAGAAGCAGAAAUUAGAGAAGAGAUUAAAAAAGGAAUUAAGAAAAGCAGAAUGUUGAUAUGAUCUGUUAAUUUUAAAAAUUGAGUGGAUAAAUCAUCUCUGAAGUGUGUGUAAAUAAUUUUGUUAGGUAAGACACAUGCAACAGUUAGGUAUCUUUAUUUUGAAACGUUUCGCCUACACAGUAGGUUUCUUCAGUCGAGUACAGAAAAGUUGAUAGAAGCAGAAGAGACUUGAAAACGAUGU